AUUUUGCCAUCCACCAUCUCGAGUUCAAACCACCUGUGACGCAAGCCUUGGACUUGGGUUUAGCUUGUCCACUAAAAAAUCAUACAGCUAAUCGUGUUAUACUGUUAUGUAAGCACGGAGUUAAGGGAAAUACAAAAGUGACUUCUUCACUGUAUACAAAUCUUCAAUGUAUUCCUGAAGAACAUGGGGAGAGAAAAUUUGGCCUUCAAACUCUUACUUUCACUUCUCUUGAGCUUUAAUCAGUAUUGCAGCUCGACGACAGACACAAUUACCGUCAGUCAAACUCUUAAAGAUGGGGAUCUAUUAAUCUCCAACGCAAAUUCUUACGCUCUCGGUUUCUUCACCCCCGGGAACUCCACCGGCAAACGGUACGUCGGGAUUUGGUACCGGAAAAUCCCCCAACGGUUGGUUGUUUGGGUCGCUAACAGAAACAGCCCCGUCAACGGCAAGUCCGGAGCCCUCUUCAUCGACAUUACGGGGAACCUCGUCAUCCAAGACACGAAAACAAACAUCUCUGUCUGGAACACCAGUCUUUCUUUUCCGGCGACCACCACGCCGUCAAGCAGGGUCCACUAUGCUCGGAUCCAAGAAACAGGGAAUCUGGUCCUGUCUCGCGUUGACCAGACGGCGGCAUGGCAGAGCUUCGAUUAUCCGACGAACACAAUACUAGCCCACAUGAGAAUAGGAUUGGUCAACAGACGCGGUGUGAAUCUCUCGAUUACGUCCUGGAAGUCAGCGGAUGAUCCGGCCGUCGGUGACUUCACGAUCAGCGUCCAGAACAAGGGGAAACCUCAAGGGUUCCUGUUCAAAGAUUCGACUCCAAUCUGGAGACUCGGACCGUGGAACGGACUCCGGUGGAGCGGCGUGCCAGAGAUGACUCCGAACAUCACGCCAUACAUCUUCACGGAAAACGAUGACCAGGUUACAGAGGAGUAUUCGAUCAAGGACCCGAAUAUGUACACAAUUGUCAUGCUGAACGAAUCCGGGACACUGAACAAGAUCAUAUGGAAUGAAGAAAACGGCGACGAGAACAAGAAAUGGGUCGGGAACUGGUACUACCCGAACGACGACUGCGACAGGUACGGCCACUGUGGCGCGUUUGGGAUAUGCAGUCCGUACAAUCAGGUUUCUGGGUUUGAGUGCAGAUGUGUUCUUGGGUUUGAACCGAAGAUGGCGGCGGAAUGGAAUCGGAGGGACGGGAGAAAUGGCUGCCGGAGACCGGACAACGGAGACGUAUGGUGCCAUCACGGUGAGGGUUUUUUAAAGCUGGAAAACGUUAAAAUUCCAGACACAGAAAUGGCGGUCGUGGAUAAAAGCAUUGGGUUGGAAGAGUGUGAGGAUCUUUGCUUGAAGAACUGUUCUUGUAGUGGGUAUGCCAAAGCUAACAUUAGCGAUGGAGGGAUAGGAUGCAUUACUUGGUAUGAUGAGUUGAUUGAUAUGAGGGAGUUCCCAAAGGGAGGCCAAGAUAUGUAUAUUCGAGUAUCUUCAUCUCAUUUAGCUCAAUAUGGAAAGAAAGAUAAAGGACAUCGUCGGAAAUGGGUUAUAAUCAUUUUGGUUGUGUCUCUUAUUAGUGCAUUCAUCCUUGCUCUCUUGUGGGUGAGAAUGAAAAAAACAAAAGCCAAGAAAUCACUAAAUAGUGAGAGCAUACGGUCCUAUGAAGAAGGGUCAGCAAUGGGGAAGCUUAGGAAUGAAACUGGACACCCGCCCUCAGAUCUGUUAAUAUUUGACCUAAACACUAUUCAAGCCGCCACUGAUACCUUUGCUGCUGGAAACAAGAUUGGAGAAGGUGGAUUUGGUUCUGUUUAUAAGGGCACGUUAAAAAAUGGAGAACUAAUAGCGGUCAAACGCCUGACAAAAACUUCAAGUCAAGGAACAGAAGAAUUCAGAAAUGAGGUUAUACUAAUCGCAAGAUUACAACACAGAAAUCUUGUGAGGCUUUUAGGGUAUUGCCUACAACAAGGAGAAAAAAUGUUAGUCUAUGAGUAUUUGCCACAUAAAGGUCUGGACGGUUUCAUCUUCGGUGAUGGACAUCACAUACAUUUGGAUUGGGGAAUGCGAUUCGAAAUUAUUUCUGGAGUUGCACAAGGAUUAAUAUAUCUUCAUCAUGAUUCAAGAUUGAAAAUCAUUCACAGAGACUUAAAAGCUAGCAAUGUCUUGUUAGAUGCUUCUAUGCACCCGAAAAUAUCAGAUUUUGGAAUGGCCAGAAUUUUUGAAGAGGAACAAGUUGAAGCCAACACAAAUAGGGUUGUAGGAACAUAUGGUUAUAUGUCACCAGAAUAUGCCAUGGUUGGGCAAUUCUCUAUAAAGUCCGAUGUGUUCAGUUUUGGUGUUCUAUUGUUGGAGAUUGUGAGCGGAAAGAAAAACAAAUAUAAGUUCAAGGAGGGCUCUGUCAACUUAAUAGGAGAUGUAUGGCAUUUCUGGAAUGAAGGUAGAGCUUUGGAUGUUGUUGACCCACAAUUAAAUAGGUUAUUCGAUGGUAGGGAAGUUUUGAGGUGCAUCCAUGUCGGGUUAUUAUGCGUUCAACCAUAUCCUGAUGAUAGACCAAGCAUGUCAGAUGUGGUUUUCAUGCUAAGUAAUGAAACUGAACUUCCUCCUCCUAACAGGCCAGGAUUUGAUUUGAACACAGCUGGAACAGUUAACUUGUAUUCAUCUACCAUGAGUGGAGGAAAUCAUGAUCAAUCUAUUGGUAGUGUAUCAAUUACUGCAAUUCAAGGAAGAUAAGUAUAUAUAUUGAAAGUAUAUAUUAUGAGGGUGUAAAGAUGCAUUUGCAAGAAUAUCAUCAAUGACUAGUUAUACUUUAAACUGUAGUUUUAUUAUAAAUUAGUUUAGAUACUUCAAAUUGUGAUACAUUUAAAUAGAUUUAUUAUACAUUUAAUUGAAUUAGUAUCUUCUCUUUCU